CAUGCCGGACCUCAAACAGAGAGGGGGAUAAAACAGAGCACGAGAGUGUCCUCCUCCUGAAUGAACGUCACUUACAGCAGCAGCGCCUUCACGCUCCGCUGCUCCCCGCUGCUUUAAGUAUUCCCGCAAUAUUAGAGGAGUCAUGAAUCACAAUUAUUCUGAGGAGGAGGUGUAGCAGCGAGGCGGACGGACGGAGCACCGCACACUGGAUCAGAGCGCCGGAUCGGGAAGAACAGAACCGAGACCUGGACGAACAGUGCAGUGUAGGAGAAAUCAUUUGAGCUGGGGAAGAAAAAAAAGUUUUUGCUCCGUGCGGUCAUGAGGAGUUGAGAAAGGAGCGCGUUUUUCUUCGGGCGAGCGUGUGUCGUGCAGUCGCGUGUCCUUCUGCUCUAAACGAGCUCGCUUUUUUUUGUCCAGAUGUUGGUGCACACCUAUUCCUCCACGGACCGCCAUGAUGGGGUACCGAGCCACAGUUCCAGACUGUCCCAGCUGGGUUCGGUCUCUCAGGGUCCGUACUCCAGCGCUCCGCCGCUCUCUCACACACCUUCCUCGGACUUCCAACCACCGUACUUUCCCCCGCCGUACCAGCCGCUGCCGUAUCACCAGAGCCAGGACCCGUACUCACACGUCAGUGACCCGUACUCUCUGAACGCCCUUCACCAGCAACAGCAGCACCCGUGGGGCUCCCGGCAGCGGCAGGACGUGGGCACGGAGAGCGGAGGUUUACUGCCGCAGCCUCGAGCCUCUUUACCGCAGCUCUCGGGUCUGGACCCCCGGCGGGACUACACCGUGCGCCGACCGGACGUGCUGCUCCACUCCACGCACCACGGGCUCGAGGCAGGAAUGGGAGACGGUCUGUCCCUUCAUGGCCUGGCGCACGGCAUGGAGGAUAUGCAGGCCUUGGAGGACGCAAACAACGGGAUGAACAUCCUGGAUCAGUCAGUUAUUAAAAAAGUUCCAGUUCCACACAAGAGCGUCGCUUCUCUGAUGAUGAACAAAGACGGUCUAAUCGGCGGGAUCACCGUGAACGCCAACGAGGUCUUCUGCACGGUUCCCGGCCGCCUGUCGCUUCUUAGCUCCACAUCCAAAUACAAAGUGACGGUCGGCGAGGUCCAGCGGCGCCUCUCUCCGCCGGAGUGCCUCAACGCCUCGCUGCUUGGCGGGGUUCUACGGAGAGCGAAGUCGAAAAACGGCGGAAGAUCACUGAGGGAAAAGCUGGAGAAAAUCGGCUUGAAUUUGCCCGCGGGGAGACGCAAAGCUGCGAAUGUCACUUUACUGACGUCUCUGGUAGAAGGAGAAGCUGUUCAUUUGGCUCGGGACUUCGGCUACAUUUGUGAAACUGAAUUUCCCACAAAGGCCGUGUCUGAAUAUCUGAACAGACAGCACACGGAUCCAAACGAACUGCACUCACGAAAGAACAUGCUGCUGGCCACAAAGCACUUGUGUGUGCCUUGGAACAUGAGCAGUAUAUCCCUGGUGGGGAUAUACUGCUCAUGUAUUGCAAAAUUGUCAGUUGUCCCCAAACCUCCCUUUGGGGUCCUCAAUUGGAAAAUAAUUCAGAAAUAA